UCUCAUUUUUUUUAUUUUUUUUGGUAAAAUAUUAAAUAUUAUACCAAUUCUUAAAUUGUCAAAAAACUAUUAACGGAAUACAAAAUUGAAACUAAACAAACGGAUAAACAAUAAGAUAAAACCAAAAAAGAUUGGCCAUCCUAUUUACUAGCUAAACAACGAAACGAGUUAUGACUAAACAAGGUCGGAAGGCCGAAGAUAAAGUAACCGGUUGCCACGAGCUACCAAAAGAUAAAUGCUCUCAAAUUUAGAAGCUACAGUUACUGCAGCUUCCAACAACCCAUCCCAACACAAACCAACUCAGAGAAUCAAAGCACGAGUGUACUACCAAACUAGAUAUAUGCACCAUCGAUGCACGAGAGAAAACUUCCACGCGACGAUACCGUCAUUCGAAAAGUAGACUCAAAGAUUGUCGGUCCCAAACCUGAUCUUCCGUGAUCGUAUACAUCUUUUGAACCGAAAACUCAUACGGAGAAAGCGGAUCACGAAAAAACUAACCCUCUGGAAAUGAACAUACAAAAAAAACAGCAAACCCGAGCGUCCUACUGCUGCACGGAUACUAGUAGUAGCCAAAACAACCAAAGGAAACAAGACAUUGUCUGGAGUAAACGAUUAUGUCUAUACAUUAUUUACUAUUCCAUUUCAUGCAUGGAGUAAACGGUUAUGAUCACGCUAUAAUACCCUUUCUUGAAUCUAAUACAUGAUCAUGUUUCUUGCUCUCUAAGUGUUUUUCAAAGAAAGAAAAAAAGAGAGAAUAUGAUUUUUCUAGACUUGUGACUCCGAAGACUGAACCAUAAAUCUGGGCUAUCAAUCUAUCACAUAUUAGCUAUUUCUGAAUAUUUGUAAAUAUUCCAUUUGUUUCAUAUUAAUUGUCAUUUUAGCAUUUUUUCUUGUUACAUAAAAAAUGUCAUUCUACAAUUUCAAUACAAUUUAUACUUAGUUUUAGCUCAAUAUAUAUUAAUUGUAGAUUGCAUUGAUUUUAUAAAUAAAUUUAUUUAUCUAAAAUACUAUUGGUUAAAUAGAUAAUAUUAAUAAAAACAUAAAUGCAUUUCAAUCAGUUUCUUAAUAUGUGAAAAAAUCUAAGGAGGUGUAUUCAAUAUAACAUUUGAAAUGAUUUAACUUUUAAUGGAGUUUGAGAUGAUUUCUAUAAAUUGCAGAGAUUUAGGUGAUUUUUGUUAAACCACUCUAGAAUAUAACCUAAGACCAUAGGAUCUGAGUUUUAAUUUUUUAACUAAGAAACUCCACCCAAACACCCUAAAAUCACCUCAAAACUUUAAAACUCCACAACUUAAAAUAUUUGCAAUAACAAUGGAUUUUAAAGUACUCUACGAAAUGUUAAGUUCAAUAACAGUAGAUUUUAAAUAAGUUUUUGAAAUUCAUGUUUGAAUAUCAGUUGAUUUAUCAAACUCUCAGUUGAAUUACCCCCUUAAGUUAAACUCUUUGUGAAACGGAGAAAGGAUAUUUCAAAAUGGAGCAUAUAUUUCUGAAAAUAUAUACAGAAUGCUUAGAUGACAAGUACUUGCACGAAUUUUUUUGGUAGGUGAACAGGCCAAAGGCAUACACGAUUAGGAGUCUUUGUUUUUUGUUUCGUCGACUAUUAGGAGUCUAAUCUCCAUUGUAAAACAAGUAUAGUUGCCGAUAUUAUAUUAACAUCGAAUAUUUAUCUAAUAUAUUCACUGUAAUACCCAACUUAUUACACCUGUAUACCUAAAUGGAUAAGUGGAUCUACUUCUACCAUGUGAAGACAUUUCCGAGCCCUAGGCAUGAACCCCCUGAAAUAUUUUUUUCCCUGAAUUAUUAUUUAUUAAUUCAUUACUAAUUUACUGGGUAGCCUCUCUCUUUUUUCGAGAAUCUCUUCUCGAAUAACUCUUUUAACAAAGAAUCAGAUAUAAAAAAAGAUGAGAAAUAUAAUUUGGUAUAAAAAUAAAUUAAUAAGGUUUUGAGAUAAUAAAUCUAAGAAUAUAAAAGCGCCUGAUUACAUUGUCUUUUUUAAAAAAGUUACAUGGUCGUAUGACGCAAACAAUGACCCAAAACGCUCAAUGAACACUGUUUAUAUGCAUAUACAUGAGCACACAUGUCGAUCUAUCAUAAUCACUAUAUUAUACUACAAAAUCCUUUUAAUAAAUUAAAGAAUAAAUUAUACUAUCAUAUAACAAAUCAGAUAUGGUCCAAUGAUGGGGGCCAAAUGUUGCUUUACUUCUAAGUUCUCUAAUCUCUCUAAAAUACAUAUUUAAUAAAAAAUUGGUAUUUGAUUUCAUAUAUUUUGUUAAUUAUCCCAUUGGUAAAGUUUGUAUCUCCAUUAGGCUUAUGCAUGUGCCAUUCCAUGAAUCCAACUUUAUCAACAUGUACUCACUACAUCACUGAUCUUUAAUUAAUUCAUACGGUACGCGAAAGCAAGAUUCUAUUUACAAAUCAAUGAUUUAGUCAUGCUAGCUCUUGUCAGUACUAAACUAAUAAUUUUACUAAUUUAUUGUUUGCAGUUAUAUACAUUAAUAGCGGUGUCUGUCGCCUAAUAUCGAGUUUUGUAGCUGAUAUAACCAUCAUCAGUGAAGCAAGUGCAAAUGUACCAAUAGUUCUCAGUUAUUGUGAAGUGGCUUUGAUAGUCCAGAUCAACGAUUAGUUUAUCACUUCUAUUUAGUCAUUUAAACGGUAUCAUCAUGUAUUAGAUACACGAAGAAGUAUCUUAUUGCUAAAUAAACCUCGUUUAUGCGAAAAAUAUGAACAAGAAAGACUGAAAAUCAAGUUCAAAAAAGAAAGACUGAAAAUCCAAACACGAGGUAGCCACUCGUGGUGGCAAACCACUUUAUAAGAUGGCACUUGGAGAAUAAUUCUACAAAUAGGCAAAAGCUUACGUGAAGUCUCUUUUGCUAUCUUCUCGUUUUUAUGAUAUUAUAUUUUUCGUCAAUAAAUAUUGCUGUAUAUUAAUACGUGGAUAGAGUUAAACUAAAAUUCACCAAUACCUUUCAUCCAUCAUGGCUCGCUCAUACGUCUAAAAGCCACCCUCAUGUGAAUUGUAGCGUUAGCUUUUCACACAAAUCAUUUGCACGAUCGAAGUUUAAGAAAACGAUCAAAUUAUUUAACAUGUUAUUACUUUUUAAACUUAUCCUGUUGUAGUUAGUUUCCUCCUACUAGACAAUCCAAUAUAUUAGAUCAUGCAUUAUAAUUUAAAAAAAAAUAUUACUCGUCUUUAUUGUACCUAAUUUGUGGAAUUUAUCUUCGUUCUCUGUGCAUAUGCAUGUCCAUGAAACAUCUCACGUCAUGUAUUGAUUGUAACCCUGAAUGCCAUAUGCAUUAUUUUGAUUAAUAUUUCUUCUGUAUUUACAAAAUUGAUGUUUUAGUUUUCACAUAAAAAUAAUAAACACAUGCUUUCAUUUAGAAUUUUUUUUUUGUUUUUAAUUAGUUUAAUGUUUAAUUUAUUUUCAGUAAAAUUCUUCCAGUCAUGUUUUAUAUUUUAAUUUUAUUUUAUUUUAAGAACAAAAUGCAUUAAUUACACUCUAGAAUAGUAAUCCUUUCAAUACAGAGUCAAAUUAUAGAACAUCAAUUAUUCAACUAAGGAGUAAAGUACCUAAACAAAAUGGUUACUAUAUUUCGUCAUUUCACGCAAGUAUACAUAACUGUAUAGACUUCUAAAAAUGUAUAGACUACUAAAAAUCUCAGUUGAUUAGGUCUAACUCCUAAGCUAGAUACAAUCAAUAUGUGAUGAUGGGUUAUGGUCCAAAAGCUAACUGUGGGAAUCAACGAGACAUGUUAACUUUUCAUUAAUUAUGUCUUCAGGACUAUACAACCAAGCAAUAAUUUUUAAUAAUAGAUAAAAAUGCAUAAUGUCUCCCGUGGAGCUCGAAGGGCCAAUAUGUUUAACUUUUAAUACAUCAAUUCAAAGUUGCAAUAUAUUAUUUAGGUGAUUCCUUCACCCAAUUAACCCUACCAAUCUAGCCUGUCUGGACUCCCAAAGGCUAUAACCCAGUAUAUUAAAAUAAAUUAUACUCGUACUCGACCGCUAAGAUUUUUUAGUAUUAACAAGAAAAUAUGAAUUAAUGUUACCAUAUUUACUUUACUUUUUUUUUUUUUUAAAAGUCCAUAUUUACAUCACAAUACUAACUUAGUAUAUUCCACUAAUUAAUACAAAUUGGGUUAGCUGCUAAAUGCAGUUGAUUCAGAAAGAAAAAUUGAUUUAAUAUUUUUAAGCUUAAGAUUAAAAUAAACGUUGAUUGUUUCGAAGAAGUCGUGCUUGUCGUUCGCUUACUUGCUUUAAGACGUUAAUUAAUAUUAUAUCAUGAUACAGUACAUCAUGUAACAGCUAACCAAAACUGUAUAGAAAAAUGGAUAAAAAGGAGAAUUUAAAGAGAAUUAAAAAAUGGAUCUACCUGGUGCGCACAUCAGCGAGAGGUAGUGGAGACAUAUGACAACUGAAAAAUAAAACGAAUAAGAAAUUUAUUUUUAAUUUAAUCACAUUCAUUUGAUGAAUAUUAAGAUUCGAAUUAUACAUAUUAAUUCGCUAAUUUUUCAUUUCUCUGAUAAGUUUUGCUUAGUGCGGAAAACAGUUUUAUUUUCUUCUUCUCACACCAAUCCAAACAAAAAUAUACGCAAUAAAAUGGUAUAGUCUUUUUAUUAAUUAAAAGUUGAGGAAAAAUACUAUAGAAACAUGUAAUAGUUGGUAUUGACUUAACAUAGCUACAUUAUUGGACAAAAUUAAAUAAAAAUACAUAUUGUAUAUUGUUAAUUUAUUACAUAUUGUAUAUUGUUAAUUUAUAUUCUGACGUUGGGAAAUAUUUAAAUAACAACGUCAAAAGUCUCAUUUAAAGUUGUCGUGUUCUCGCAUGAUUCCUCUUCUUUUACUUCUUCGAGAUGAUGAGACCUGAGUUCCUGAGACACAAACAAGAGCUUUUAAAACCCCUUCUGUUUACGGUUGGAUUCGAACUCCGAACUUGUGGGCGUUACGUCCGAUCUUGUCGCUAAAUAUCUUCCUUCUUUCAUGGUUUUCGCGACAAACGUUGGCCUUCUUCAAGUCACCUCCUUGAUGCGAGUAACCAUCAGAAGUUGAGAGAAGCAUGAAUUCAACAUCAACACAUUUCGUGCCACCGAGAAGAGUUAAUAUAUACGAGCCUCUCCAUCAAUUUGGUAUGUGGGGAGAAACUUUCAAGAGCAAUAUUGGCAAUGGGAAUAUCAACACCCCAAGCCACAUUAUAAUACCGAAUAAUCAGAAACUAGACAACAACAUGUCAGAGGAUACUUCCCAUGGAACUCCCCUCAUCUUUGAUCAAGAAACUUCCACGUCCAGACAUCCUGAUAAGAUAAAGAGACGGCUUGCGCAGAACCGCGAAGCUGCCAAGAAAAGUCGCUUGCGCAAGAAGGCUUAUGUUCAGCAGCUAGAAACAAGCAGAUUGAAGCUAAUACAGUUAGAGCAAGAACUCGAUCGUGCUAGACAACAGGGAUUCUACGUUGGGAAUGGCAUAGAUACUAGUACUACUACUUCUCUAGGUUUCUCGGAAAACAUGAAUCCAGGUCUGUAUCAAGAACAGGGUAGUAUUCUUGACAAGAAUCAAAACUUGAACGUCAAGAUUAAAACAGGGAUUGCUGCAUUUGAGAUGGAGUAUGGACAAUGGAUUGAAGAACAGAACAAACAGAUAUGCGAACUAAGAACUGUUUUGCAAGGACACGUCGGCGAUGUGGAGCUUCGUUUGCUUGUUGAAAUCGCCAUGAAACAUUAUUUUGAUCUUUUCCGGAUGAAAUCAGCUGCUGCAAAAGAGGAUGUUUUCUUCGUCAUGUCAGGGAUGUGGAGAACUUCUGCAGAACGUUUUUUCCUAUGGAUUGGCGGCUUUCGACCCUCGGAUCUUAUCAAGGUUCUUUUGCCACAUUUUGAUGUCAUGACGGAUCAGCAGAUUCUAGAUGUAUGUAACCUAAGACAAUCUUGCCAGCAAGCAGAAGACGCUUUAUCUCAAGGAAUGGAGAAGCUACAACACACCCUUGCGGAUUGUGUUGCAGGUGGACGACUAGGUGAAGGAAAUUACAUUCCUCAGGUGAAUUCUGCAAUGGAGAGAGCAGAAGCUUCGGUCAGCUUUGUUAAUCAGGCUGAUCAUUUGAGACAUGAGACGUUGCAACAAAUGCAUAGGAUCUUGACUACACGACAAGCGGCUCGAGGGUUGUUGGCUCUUGGUGAGUAUUUUCAACGGCUUAGAGCGUUGAGCUCGAGUUGGGCAACUAGACAUCGUGAACCAACUUAGAUUUGAGUUCUUGGAUACAAAACAACAAGAAUGAAGAUGAGUGCAUUUUGUAAAACAGAGGAUUAUUCAUAAUAAUAAAAUGGGGGUUGCUGCUGAUACUUAUUUUUUUUAAUUCUGCGGGAAUCAUAAAAUUUGAAAACCAUGUAUUGAAAAAGUUGUAAAUAUAAAAGAAUUAUGUGUCAAGGGAUUAUUAUUAUGUACAACUCCAGUACUGUAUUUAGAAAAAAAACUAAACAA